AUGCGGGUGGUCGCGGCCGCGGGAGUCGCUGUGCUGUGGGCGCUACUGCUGGCCCCGCUGGUGCCCGGCGGCGCCUUAGAGCCGGUGCUGGAGCAGGUCCGGGCCGAGUCCUCGCUGCUGAAGCCGAAGGUCAUGAUCGCCAUCCUGGCUCGCAACGCGGAGCACAGCCUGCCGCACUACCUGGGCUGCCUCGACCAGCUGGAGUACCCGAAGGAGCGCAUAGCGAUCUGGGCGGCAACAGACCAUAAUGGGGACAACACCACUGCCAUGCUGAGAGAGUGGCUGAAGGGAGCCCAGAGUGUCUACCACUACGUGGAGUGGAGACCCAUGGAGGAGCCGAAGUCCUACACAGACGAGUGGGGUCCGAAGCACUGGCCUCCCUCCAGGUUCAACCACGUGAUGAAGCUGAGACAGGCGGCACUGAAGGCUGCCAGGGAACGAUGGGCAGACUAUAUACUGUUCGUUGACAGUGACAACCUGCUGACGAACCCUCGUGUGCUCAACCUGAUGAUGGCCGAGAACCUGACUGUGGUGGCUCCCAUGUUAGAGUCUCGCUCUCUCUACUCCAACUUCUGGUGCGGCAUCACCCCACAGGGUUACUACAAACGAACACAAGACUACCAGCCCAUCAGGGAGUGGAAGCGACUCGGCUGCUUCGCCGUUCCCAUGGUGCACAGCACCUUCCUUAUAGACCUGCGGCGUGAAUCCAGCCGGGACCUGACCUUCUACCCCCCUCACCCAGAUUACAGCUGGGCGUUCGAUGAUAUCAUGGUGUUUGCUUUCUCGGCACGUCAAGUGGGUGUGCAGAUGUAUGUGUGUAACAAAGAACACUACGGCUUUCUGCCCGUCCCGCUCAAGGCCCAGCAGAGUGUGGAGGAGGAAAGGGAGAGUUUCGUACACACAAUUACGGAAGCUUUGAUUGAACACGACAUUGAGACCUCAGAGCACUUGAACUCUUCUCCAUCGUCGCAGGACACGAUGGGCUUUGAUUACAUUUUGCUGAUCAACCUGAAGCGCCGGCUGGACAGAAGAACCAGGAUGCUGAAAUCCAUGGCCUCGUUGGGUCUACAUGCGACGCUGACUGACGCGGUGGAUGGCAAGGCUCUGAACACGUCCCAGCUGCAGGCCCUGGGGAUAGAGAUGCUGCCGGGCUACAAGGAUCCUUACUCGGGUCGAGUCCUGACCAGAGGGGAGAUCGGAUGCUUCCUCAGCCAUCACUCUAUAUGGACUCAGGUGAUAGAGCGUGGUCUCCAGAAGGUUCUUGUUUUAGAGGACGACGUGAGGUUCGAGCCCUGGUUUAAACGACGGAUAGUGGCCUUAAUGGAAAACAUCGAUAAAGCCCAGCUGGACUGGGACCUCAUCUAUGUGGGACGUAAGCGUAUGCAGGUGCAGCAGCCGGAGCAGUCGGUGGACGGCAUAAACAACCUGGUCCUGGCCGACUACUCCUACUGGACGCUCGGCUACGCGCUGUCGCAGCAAGGGGCCCGGAAGUUAAUGGCUGCACAACCGUUAACCAAAAUGCUGCCUGUGGACGAGUUCCUGCCAGUCAUGUUCGACAAACACCCCAACACCGAGUACAUGCUGCAGUUUGAGCCCCGGGACCUGAAGGCCUUCUCCGUGGAGCCGCUGCUCAUCUACCCCACCCACUACACCGGAGAGCCAGGCUACAUCAGCGACACGGAGACCUCCACCAUCUGGGACGACGAAGCCGUGGCCACGGACUGGGACCGGCAGCACGACCGCAAGACGGCACAGCAGGGACGCAUCCGCUCUGUGGCACAGAACAGUGUCACCGGGGACUCGCCGCCUCCUGCCGCUCGAGCGUCACGUGACGAACUCUGA